AUGGAAGAGCCUCGCAAAGGAAAGGAGGAGAAGCGCGAGAAAGAAGAGAAGGGCAGGGAAGAAGUGCGUUACCGGGGGGUCCGAAGGAGGCCGUGGGGGAAGUUUGCAGCUGAGAUCCGAGACCCAUCAAGGCAUGGUGCUCGUCUGUGGCUUGGGACGUUCGAUACAGCUGAAGAAGCAGCUAGGGCAUAUGAUCGCGCUGCAUUUAACUUAAGGGGUCACCUUGCAAUUCUUAACUUCCCUAAUGAGUAUUAUCCUCAAGUCGCAGGCUUUCCACCUCAUCCUCCUCAAUUUUCAUCGUCUACUUCUUCUUCAGCUCCUAGUGGGAGUACUUCUGAGAGGGGAAGUUCUUCCACUGGACAACAAAGGCCAGUCUUCGAGUUUGAGUACUUGGAUGACCAAGUGUUGGAGGACCUUCUUGAGUUUGAUAAACAAAGCAUGGAGAUGACAUUGGUAUCGCCAGAUCCUUCGCUUAUGCAUGCGGACUAA